AUGAUUCGUGCACUCAACAUGUUCCGUUCGCGUGCUUCUGCGGCCCAGAGCAUGCUCCGCACCGGCUCGAAUGCCGCAAUGCAGAAGCGUUUCUUGUCGAUUCACGAGUACCUGUCUAUGGGUGUGCUGAACAAGUACGGUAUUGACACUCCUAAGUUCGUGCCGGCCAGCACGCCUGAGGAGGCGUUUGAGGCGGCGAAGAGCUUUGGUGGCAAGCCUAUUGUGAUUAAGGCGCAGGUGUUGGCUGGUGGCCGUGGUAAGGGUCACUUUGACAACGGUCUCCAGGGUGGUGUCCACCUGAUCAAGACCCCUGAGGAGGCUCGUGACCUCGCUUCGAAGAUGCUUGGCGCUAAGCUUAUUACCAAGCAGACGGGCUCCCAAGGCCGUAUUUGCAACAAGGUUAUGAUUGCGGAGGCUCGCAAGCCUGCGCACGAGUACUACGUCGCUGUUCUUAACGACCGUGUGCGUCAGGUCCCUGUGCUCAUUGCUUCCAACCAAGGUGGUAUGUCGAUUGAGGAUGUCGCCAAGGAGAACCCUGAUGCUAUCAUCACUACCCCGAUCCCCCUGGAGGGCGGUCUUGACACCAGCACUGCCAUGGAGGUGGCUCGCAAGCUCGGCUUCUCGGCCAGUACGCAGGAGAAGCAGGCUGCUGAGACCUUCGUGAAGCUGUACAAGCUCUUUGACGAGCACGAUGCUACCCAGGUCGAGAUCAACCCUCUUGCUGAGAGCGAGGAUGGCGCUGUUCUCUGCAUGGACGCCAAGCUGGGCUUUGACGACAAUGCGGACUUCCGUCAAAAGGAGAUCUUUGACAUGCGCGAUGUGUCGCAGGAGGACCCCAGUGAGGUACAGGCUGGCAAGUACGGCUUGAACUUCAUCAAGCUGGAGGGCAACAUUGGCUGCCUGGUCAACGGUGCUGGUCUUGCUAUGGCCACGCUAGACGUGCUCUCGCUCAACGGCGGUAAGCCUGCCAACUUCCUUGACGUUGGUGGUGGUGCUAAUACCGAGGCUGUGAAGCAGGCCUUCGAGAUUCUCUUGGCGAGCAAGGAUGUGCGUGCCAUCUUCGUGAACAUCUUCGGUGGUAUUAUGCGCUGCGAUGUUAUCGCCGAGGGUAUCGUUGAGGCCACUAAGCAGCUCGACAUGAAGAUCCCCUUGGUUGUCCGUCUUCAGGGCACUAAGGAGGCUGAGGCCAAGGCUCUGAUCAAGGAGUCGGGUCUCAAGAUCCAGGCCUUUGACGACUUGGAUAUUGCUGCUAAGAAGGCGGUUGAGGCGGCUCACUAA